AUGGAUUCACCAGAAACCGUUGACGUCGUCAUCGUUGGCGCGGGCUUGAGCGGCAUCAACAGCGCCUACCGGGUCAAAACCCAGCUCCCUCACCACAGUUACACUGUUCUUGAGGGCCGGCAUGAAAUUGGCGGCACAUGGAGUUUCUGGAAGUACCCAGGCCUUCGCACUGAUAGCUCCAUGGGCGUCUUCGGCUUCUCGUGGCGUCCUUGGCAGCACGACCUCAACAUGGCCCCUGGCGCAGCUAUCAAGUCGUAUUUGAAAGAGUGCGCGGCCGCCGAGGGCAUCGACAAGAAGAUUCGUUUCCAGCACCGCGUCGUGGCCACCAACUGGCGCAGUGACGAACAGCGCUGGACCCUUCGAAUCGAGGUCACGCAGGACGACGGAAGCAUCAAGGAAAAGAUCAUCAAGGCUUGGUGGAUCAUCAAUGCUAGCGGGUACUACAGCUACGAGAAGCCGCAGCAAGUGGUGAUCCCAGGCAUCGACCAGUUUGCGGGCGAGGUCGUGCAUCCGCAGUCCUGGCACGACACCGUGGACCACGCCAACAAGAAGAUCAUCAUCAUUGGCUCCGGCGCCACGGCCAUCACGUUGCUGCCGACGCUAGCGAAAACCGCGGCGAGUGUCACCAUGCUGCAGCGCACACCCUCUUACGUAUUUAACUUGCCCGGAAAGGACAAGACCGUGGCCUUCCUUUCGCGCUUCAUGCCAAUCGCCUGGGCGGCCUAUAUCCAAUGGUGGAAGGCCCUUAUGGCCGAGACGUUAUUUGUCUCCUUCCUCCUCGCUUUCCCAUCAGCAGGCAAACGCAUUAUCAAGAAGGACAUGCGUAAGCAGCUCCCGCCCGGCUUCGACAUCGACAAGCACUUCAACCCUUGGUAUAACCCAUUUGAGCAGCGCCUCUGCUUCUGCCCCAGCGGCGACUUCUUCAAAGCGCUCAGUGAUCCUAAUUCCAACGCCCGGAUCGUCACCGACACCAUCGACACCGUCACACCGUCUGGUAUCCGUCUCAACUCUGGCGAGACGCUUGAGGCCGACAUGAUCGUCACCGCCACGGGACUCUACUUUUCCGUCCUGGCCGGCGUGUCCUGCACCGUCGACGGCGUGUCGGUUACCGACUCGCUUGGGGACCGCUUCACCUGGAACGGCUGCAUGCUCGAGGGCAUGCCGAACGCCGGUCUCAUCACGGGCUACACCGCGGCGACUUGGACGCCGGGCGCCGAUGUGCGGGUGCGGCAGUUGAUCAAAGUCAUUCGGCAUAUGGACAAGACGGGGGCGACGUCUGGAACCCCGACAGUCGACCCGGUCGAACGGGCGGAGAUGAAGCCGUUGCCUGCGGUCGGCUUGAGCUCCACGUAUUUGACUUCAGCGUGGGACCGGAUGCCUAAGGUAGGCACAAAGAGGCCGUGGGUGAACGGGGCGAAUUGGGCGACGGAUAUGUGGCGCUUUCUGUGGAGUGAUGUGAACCUGGGCAUGAAGUUUACCUUUGGGGAGAAGAAGAAGGAUUUGUAG